CCCCCCCCGUCGGUGCUCGGCGCUGCAGGCGGGAUGUACGCCGGGAGGAAGAGGAAGAAGCCGGUGCCGAAGAGCCCUAAACCACCACCCCCUGAGGGCGUGAAGUCCAACCCCUCCAAGCGGCAUCGAGACCGGCUCAACCAGGAGCUGAACAAGCUGACUGGCUUGCUGCCCUUCCCUGAAGAUGUGCGUAGCAGGCUUGAUAAACUCUCCAUCCUACGACUGGCUGUCGGAUACUUGAAGGUGAAGAGCUACUUGACUGCCACAGCUACGGACACUGGUGAGUGCGUGCUGGAUCAGCCCAGAGCUCCAGGAGGGAACAGGCGAAUGGACCUGCAGGUCAACAGAGAGCUGUUUCCUGAGGGGGAGCUGCUGCUCCAGGCACUCAAUGGAUUUGUCAUCGCAGUGACUGGAGAUGGCUACAUCUUCUACAUCUCCCCUACUGUGCAGGACUACCUGGGCUUUCAUCAGUCGGAUCUCAUCUACCAGAGCGUGUACGAGCUGAUCCAUGCGGACGACAGAGCCGCCUUCCACCGCCAGCUGCACCGGGCCCCGGCGUCCGGCAGCGCCCGGCACGCUGCCGACGCCUUUCCGACUGACCAGCCACUGCUGGCUGGAGGCAGCACCACAUCCAGCCCAGAGCACCUCCACCCUGAGAAGCCCUCCUCUGUGGAGAGGAGCUUCACCUGCCGCUUCCGCUGCUUGUUGGAUAACUCCUCGGGAUUUCUGGCUUUGAACUUCCGCGGGCGCUUGAAGUUCCUUCUCGGGCAGCAGAAGAAGGCAUCAGACAGGUCCCCGCUCGCUCUUUUUGCCAUCGCAACUCUCCUCCAGCCUCACUCCGUCCUGGAGCUUCGGACCAAGACGCUCAUCUUCCAGACGAAGCACAAGCUGGAUUUCACUCCCAUGGCCUGUGAUUCCUGGGGGAAGGUUGUCCUGGGGUACACAGAAACGGAGCUGUGCGGGAGGGGAUCCGGGUACCAGUUUGUGCACGCCGCCGACGUGAUGCACUGCGCAGAGAACCACGUGAGAAUGAUGAAGACGGGGGAGAGCGGGCUGACGGUUUUCCGGCUGCUGACCAAGAAGGGCAGCUGGGUGUGGGUGCAGGCCAACGCCCGGCUGGUGUACAAAGAGGGCAAGCCCGACUGCAUCAUUGCCCGGCAGAGAGCCCUGUCGAAUGAAGAAGGGGAGGAACAUCUGCGGAAGAGAAGCCUGCAGCUGCCUUUUAGCUUUGCCACAGGGGAAGCAGUCUUGUACGAGAAUGACCUUCCUGGAUUCCUGGACUCCUUCCAGGCUAAGGAGGAGUUGCAGGCACAAGCAAACUCCCAUUCGAAGCAGCGCUCAGUAGACCCCAACUCUCUUCUUGGGGCAAUGAUGAAGCAGGAUGCAUCCCUAUACAUCUCCCACACUGAUAACAUGCCUCAGUUCCCUUUGCCAGAUCUCAUCGCUGAGCCUGAUGGACUGAGCCAGAACGAGGAAGCCGGUGAUGCCAAGGAGGACAGCGACUCCCUCCUGGUGGUUAUCGAAACCCUCUUUGAGAAGAGCGAGGUGAAGGGAAACGUCUGCCAGAGCCUCAACGUGGACAACGCAGAGCUGCAGCGGUGGGAGGAGGCUCUGCUCAGCUUGGGUGCAGAGGAGGAGCUGCCAGCUCAGGAGGCUGGCGAGAGGCUAGGCGCCGAGGUGACAUCCGAUGGGGAGCAGAUGCUCCUCGGGGAGGAUGCUGAGAAGAGCGUGGACUUCCUGCACUGCAGCGCGUCACCCUGCGAUGAGGAAAAUAGCGCUGUGGCUCGUUUCCAGCACUGCUGGGCAACUGAUUCAGUGUUCCAAGCCCCAGCACAGCCCCGGGCACCUGGUGCACGAGGCCAAGGUGCCGUGGUGUCUCUAGCCUCUGUUACCUCCAAGGUCAGCUCUGCUCAACUGGAACAGCAGGUCCCAUUUAACUCUGCUGGGCUGGUGGAGGGGGCUGUUCUGGAUGUCCUGGACUCCAGCAACAAGUCCCCUGUAGCACUUCAGCUGGCAAACCCGGGCCAAGUGUUUCAAGCAGAAGUUAGCACCUCUGCUCCCAUAGAUAACAGUAUUCCUAAUGAUCGGAUCCAGCCCGGGUGCGAGCUGGCGGGUUCAAGCCACUCGCCUCUGUUGCACUCAAACACACUAGUGGCUCGGUGGCACAAUGUCCCCGUCCAGGCCAACCCAGCCGACGCUUUGGGUCCGAGCACUUCUUCUGGAGGUUGCUCAUCGGAGGCUUGGACGGCCUUAGCUCCCAAACAGCUGGAAGCGGCAGGAAAGCACGUGGAGCCACAGACUCUGCUGGCUGGCAGCCCCGAGAGCCCCCCAGGAGCUGGGCUGUGGUUGCUGCCCCCCCAGCCCGCUCCUUGCCCUGCUCAGGGCUUGUGCGAGUCCUUGUUCUCUGGGGCUGGGGAGCUCCAUCACGAGGAGGCUGCUCUCCCUGCGCGAGCAGCAGCAGCACCCUUAGGAGCCAGCCGGCUGCCAGGGGGUGGUGGCUUCCCCGAGCAGCCCCUGAUCCCCCACCUAGAGCCCAGCUUUUCCUGGCAAGGGGAGCAGGCAGUGCUCCGGGGGGGCAAGUGGCUCCUGCAGGCUGGGGCAGCUCCUCGGAGGUGCAGUGGGGCAGGUCCGGUGCAACGCAGCAAACUCCUGCUGGGGUCCAGCACAACUCCCAGCACCCACGGGAUGGACCACAUCGUGCUGCCUGAAUGCCAGUAUGGAAAUAGCCUUUAUAGAUAUGAGAGCAACUUUCUUAGGGAUGCCUCUAAAAUAUCCCUUCCCCAGCAGCUGGGACCUUUCCUUUCCCCCAGUGAGAGCCAGCCUGGAGCUCAUUCCUCACCAGGUUCAGUUUUGAGGUGUUCAGCAGCUCUCCCUGCAAAGGUGGGUGCAGCAGCCCUGCCCUCCUCGGGGCAGGGCCCUGGUUUCUUCCCACCAGGCUCCGUGGUGGGUGGGCAGCCACCCUGUGCCUGCGGGGUCCAGCUCAAGGUGAGGUGUGAGGGCUGCAGGACUUGAGGGCUGCACCGGCUCGCACAGACGGAGCCGAGGGGUCGUGCCGGGGUGGGGGAUGCAGGUGCAGCAUCGCUUGUGGGCAGCCCGUUUUGGAGCCUCACUGCGAACCAGGAGCCGUGUUUUGAAAAGCCACCAGCGAUGACGAGCUCUUCUGGCUGUGCACACCUACGAGCAGUGCCCCGAGGAUUUUGUCUUCCAGUGCCUGAAACAAGAUGCCCUAGCAGAGCUUUCAGGCGGUCUAGGGCGACACGUUUGUGUUUUGGUUUGUCUUGUUUUCCCAGGAGAAGUCUUUCAGGGAGGUGCAGCCAUCCCAGGGGGGAGGUUUGUCAGACUCUUGGGGUCCAAGGAAGGACACCCUGCUUGCUGCUUGUGGCAGCCUCUUGCAGAUGAACUUGCUACCUUACAGGCACGUAGCACUGAAUUGCUGCUUCUGGGUGCAGCAGGGUCUCCUCAUCACCCGUGUGCGUGGACCACCUUUGUCAUGAUGCUGAUCAGUCCCCAGCCUCAUCUCGGCCUGCCUGAGCCCCUCUGCUCCGUUCCUUGCUCCCUCCCUCCUGUGCUCUCCGUCUCCUCUCCUCCUCCUGAGCCCCUGGUGACCCAGUUCCUUUAGAAAAGGGGAUGUUACCAAGCACUUUGAGAAGCUCAGCAGCAUCUGAAGGGUCUCUGUGGGAGGUGGAGUUGGUGAGAGCAGAGGCAGCUCAGGGUUUUGUGGCACUUCAGCAGCCUUCCCAGGGAAUCUGGGAGAAGUGGGUGCUAGGCUGUUGUGACCUUUCUGGGCAGAACUGUGUGGAAGGUCCAGCCAAGCUCCCCUUGUGUUCAUCACUGGCUUGUCCUUGCCUUCCUCUCCUCUGCUCAGCUGUGCCCUCAGAUGGAGGAACGAUGGGGGUUUGCUCCUACAGUUGCUCGGUGUGGUGGAGUUUUGCCAAAGCAGUGAGAAGGAAAGGUAGGAAGGGAUGCAGUGACUGCUGCCUGCCUCUCCACGUCAGACCAACUUUGUGCCCUUUGAAGUGUCAUCCUGGAGACCAGCACAGCCCCUUUGCUGAAUUCUCUGUAUUUUUUAACCUAAGAUGUGGAUUUUUUUUUUUUUUUCCCCCCACCAUUGGGCAAAUUCUCCCAAAUCCCAAGAAGAAUCAAUGAUGGGGGACAAGGUUUGGUUCAAGACAAGACAGGAUGGCAAAGCCAGGGUGGUCAGAGAGGACAGAGGGGUUGGGGAUCUACUCACCUUCUCCCCCCUUGCAUCCCUCACCCUGAGCAUCACAUCUGCUUCUCGCACCGGUAUGAAGCCUGUACUGUUUGCCGAGUGAGUAAAAUCAGGUAAUUAGUGCAGGGCUAGCCCAGCAGCAAGCCUGUGCGCGUCCUGGUGUGGGGUGGGCUCAUCUCCCUGCUUCUCUUCCUUCGUGCCCUGCUUUGCCUUGCUGUGUCGGGGCUCCGGGGGCUGCUUGCAGGGCAGGAUGGGCCUUGGGAAGGGUCAAGCUCCUGGCUGCAGCCUGGGAGCAGAGUGAUGCUGGAAGUGGGCUGAAACCCCUCCGAAGUGGCCUGGAGGAGUGCCUAGGACAGGGUGAGGAGCUGACUGACUGUGAUACGGAAACCUUACAAAUCAACAGACCCCAAAAAGCAGCAGGAUGGAAUCUGCUCACCAGCCUUUGUUGUCCUGGAGCCUGCUAAGACUGUGAAUCGAGGCACUGCCCCAGCCGGGGGGUUGCCAAGGGCCCCCCCCGUCCUGCAAGAAGUGCCCUUGGGGAGGGGACACCCCACCAGGCUCUACUGGUUGGAGCCAAGACAGACCCCUGGUGUUCUGGUACUUGUGUCUUAUCUCUUUAUACAUUGCAUAUGUGCAUAUAACAUCUAUUUUUGUGGCAGUGUCUCAUUUUACGCCUUGUGAUUUCUUUGUAUCGCUGUUGGCAGACAGACGAUGCUGAGGAGAAAAAGAUGUCCUGAAACUCACCCCCUGCAUGUGGUUACGUAUUAAAAAGCGAUUUGCUUUGUA